GCUAGUGUUUCCGGUUCACUGUUGUUGGGUUGCGUUUGUGUGGAGUUGCAACUGGAUAUAAAUUUCCCCUAAAUAUUUAUUUUCUGUUAUUUUCUCGCAUUCUUGCUCAGUCAACCCUAUGCUAUGCCGUACGCAAAUCAGCCGACGGUGAAAAUCACGGAGCUGACGGAUGAGAAUGUUAAAUUUGUGAUAGAGAACACCGACUUGGCGGUGGCGAACUCCAUCCGGCGCGUCUUCAUGUCAGAAGUGGCAACAAUUGCGAUAGACUGGAUUCAGAUCGACGCAAAUUCCUCAGUCCUCCACGAUGAGUUCAUCGCUCACAGAGUCGGUCUGGUCCCUUUAACCAGCGAUGACAUCGUUGACAAGAUGCAGUAUUCCAGGGACUGCACGUGUGAUGAUUUCUGUCCAGAAUGUUCUGUGGAACUGACGCUGGAUGUUCGCUGCACUGAAGACCAGACGCGUCACGUGACUUCCCGAGAUCUCCUGUCCAACAACCCCCGAGUCAUCCCUGUUACCUCCAGGAGUCGGGACAACGACCCCAAUGACUAUGUGGAACAGGACGACAUCUUGCUGGUGAAGCUGCGAAAGGGGCAGGAGCUGCGUCUCCGAGCGUACGCCAAGAAGGGCUUCGGCAAGGAGCACGCCAAGUGGAACCCCACCGCGGGGGUGUCCUUCGAGUACGACCCCGACAACGCCCUCCGACACACGGUCUACCCCCGCCCGGAGGAAUGGCCGAAGAGCGAGUACUCUGAGAUCGAGGAAGACGAGGUGCAGGCGCCCUACGACCCCAACGGCAAGCCAGAGAGGUUCUAUUACAACGUGGAGUCGUGCGGCUCGCUGCGGCCCGAGACCAUCGUCAUGUCGGCGCUGGCCGUGCUCAAGAAGAAGCUGAGCGACCUGCAGACCCAGCUGAGCCACGAGAUCCAGAGCGACGUGCUCACCAUCAACUGAGCCAGCACUGACCCAGUACUGACACAGCUCCUACACCAUCUACACCAUCAACUGAGCCAGCACUGACCCAGUACUGACACAGCUCCUACAUCAUCUGCACCAUCAACUGAGCCAGUACUGACACAGCUCCUACACCACCAACUGAGCCAGUACUGACACACAGCUCCUACACCACCAACUGAGCCAGUGCUGACACACAGCUCCUACAUCAUCAACUGAGCCAGUGCUGACACACAGCUCCUACAUCAUCAACUGAGCCAGCACUGACCCAGUGCUGACACACAGCUCUUAUACCAUCUACACUAUCAGCUGAGCCAGCACUGACCCAGUACUGACACACAGCUCCUACAUCAUCAACUGAGCCAGUACUGACACGCAGCUCCUACACCAUCAACUGAGCCAGUACUGACACGCAGCUCCUACACCAUCAACUUAGCCAGUGCUGACACACAGCUCCUUUACCAUCUACACCAUCAACUGAGCCAGCACUGACCCAGUGCUGACACACAGCUCCUACACCAUCUACACCAUCAACUGAGCCAGCACUGACCCAGUACUGACACACAGCUCCUACACCAUCAACUGAGCCAGCACUGACUCAGUACUGACACGCAGCUCCUACACCAUCAACUGAGCCAGCACUGACUCAGUGCUGACACACAGCUCCUACACCAUCAACUGAGCUAUGACCCAAUACUGUCUUACUUUUCACACCCUCACUGGCCUCCCUGUCCUGUUGUACUGAGAUGCAGGUCAAUCAGAUGUUCUCAUGUGUGGAUUAUUUGGACGGUUAAUCCUACUCUCUCAUCAUAUCAGCUCGUUUAAAGUGCUCAGUGAAGCUCGGCAGCCAUAAUCCAGAAACACUCCUGGUUUAAGUGCUGAGGCACUCUCAUGCGUUUGGACAAUGGCAGGGCCGCCCAAAAAUUAAACCAAGCUCACCUCAUACCAUCACCGACCAUCCUUUAGUUUCACCUAAUGCCAUUGUGCUGUUCAGCAUUCUCACGGUGGGGCUGGGAGAUCAGUAGAAAGGUGGAUUUUUUUUUCCUGUGCAUUAUUUGAACUGUUUGAAUGAUUCAAUCUGGUUUAGAAAAUGAGAUCUGGUUAUGUACCCACUGUUUUAUACAAAAUAAAAGUGUUUGUCCUGUUAAA